UCUCUCUCUCUCUCUCUCUCUCUCUCUCUCUCUCUCUCUCCUGACUUCCCUAACACCGUGGUUUGUCGCUGUGUACUGAAGACGCUACAAUCUUGCUGGCCAUGACGAGUAUACUGAGAUGCCCCAACAGGUGCAAAAAAGUGAUUGCACUCAGGCUUUUUACUAUGUUCGACCAAGAGAGGAAAGCCGGCACACUGAAAAUAAGUCUUAACAGGCCGUAUGAGCGUGUGGCUAAAGUGCUGGGUGAGACCACACAUGCAGUUCGAGUGAUGGUGCAACGCUACAGGCACUCCACGCAACACUCACCACCUGAGACAUCUGGCACUCAUGCCAUUCCACCAUUGGACUCCACGACAUCCUCCACUACACAACCUGUUUUUGACAGCUUCACGAUUGGAGCUGUUCGGCGUUUUUUGCAUGCAAAGUUUGCUGCAAAAGGAAACUUCACUAUUGCCACCCUCACGGAAGAAUUAAGGAAGGCUGAUAUUAUACCCAGUGAGACCUCCGAGACGACGGUAUGGCGUGUGUUGUACAGCAUGGGGUUCAGGUAUAGAGUAUCACAGAGAAAAAUGUAUGUACGAAAAGAGUCCCUUGACAUUGUAUGCCGCCGCAUUGAAGCUCUUCGGUCGCUGAAGCAUUACCGACAGAAAGGAAGACAGGUGGUGUACGUGGAUGAAACGUGGUUCACCACAAGGAUGUCACACAACAGGGAGUGGGUGGACACAACACAACCUGUAACCAGUGCGACCUAUAGUCGUCAGGUGCCACCUGGUGAAGGGGAGCGGUUUGUGGUGGUAGCAGGUGGCACUGUCAAAGGUUUUGUGGACGAUUCUUUCCUAUGUUUCCCUGCAAAGACAAAAACUGGUGACUAUCACGGGGAAAUGAAUGGCAGCCUUUUUAUCAAGUGGCUCACAUCUCAUCUUUUACCAGUACUGGAUGAGCCAUCAGUUAUAGUGUUAGACAAUGCUCCCUAUCACAGCCAGCUGACGGAGGAGUCUCGCUGCCCCACCACCGCCACCAACAAAGCUGGUCUUGUACAAUGGUUGGAGGAAAGAAAAAUUCCCUUCUCACCUCACGCUACUCGCCCCGAACUGCUGCGAAUAUGCCAUGAAAACAGACCAAAGCCACAGUAUUCAGUAGAUAAUCUCAUCAGAGAAUGGGGUCACGAAGUGGUCCGACUUCCACCAGCCCACCCUGAACUUAAUGCUAUUGAACAGGUGUAGGGGUGUAUGAAGAAGUAUGUCCGCUCGUCAAUGCAACGCUUUACUCGUGCCAGCUUAAGGACCAAGAUAGAAGAAGCAAGGCUGUGCGCAAACACGAAAAUUUGGGAAGGUGCUGUUCGACGAGCCAUGAGGUUUGAGGAGGAUUAUUGGUCCUCUGAUAAUAUCCAUGACUGUGUGGAACCCGUCAUUGUUACUUUUGACGGUGAUGAUGAGGAUGAUAUGCUCCUUGACACUGACACUGAUGACGAUUAAAAUGACAUCCAUGUAUUCCUGUGUGUAUAAUUACCCAUUCAUUUUAUGACUGAUAUAAAUUAUUUUACAAUUUUAGUGACACUUUCGUUGUACAAUGAUUUUGCUCAUUGUCCAUUCUAUCUCAUCACAGCAUAUGACCAAUCGAAUAACAGAUGCAGGAAAACAACCAAACACAUAGUAAUGUGCAAUGUAUUUAUAUAUUUUAAUGUGUUGUGCAAUUCAGAGAGAGAGAGAGAG